AUGGCGGCUUCUCAUCACAAGACCGGCCGCACCAUCUCGGUGAUCGCAGGCACUUUGGUCGCCCUAUCUUGCGGUACAAAUUAUGCAUACUCGGCAUGGGCACCCCAAUUCGCGCAUCGUAUGAAGCUCUCGUCCACCGAGAGCAAUUUGAUCGGCGUUGCCGGUAACUUGGGAAUGUAUGCUAUGGGCAUUCCCAUGGGGCUGUUGACCGACGCCCGGGGCCCGCGAGUGAUUACCUUAAUCGGUUCGAUCCUCUUGGGGUUGGGAUACUUUCCAAUCUAUCGAGCCUAUCAGUCUGGUGAGGGCUCGAUGCCAAUCAUCUUUCUCUGUUUCUUUGCGUUUUUGACAGGUGUCGGCGGAUGCUCCGCAUUUGGUGGUGCCAUCAAAACAGCUGCUUCAAACUUCCCUGAGCACCGUGGAACGGCAACUGCAUUUCCACUGGCGGCAUUCGGACUGAGUGCGCUUUUCUGGUCAAACGUAUCCACGUUCAUCUUCAAGGACGACACGGGACGCUUCCUUCUCCUGCUGGCUCUCGGAACGUCAAUUCUUGCAUUUUGCUCCAUUCCGUUUCUCUGCAUAUUUCACGUCGAGUCUUACUCAUCUCUAUCGGACCGUGGUCCCAACGAUCACACCCAUUCUAGGCGGUUACGUCGGCAGGGCGACAUGACCGGCUCCGUUGACCAUAGCUCCACAGCUUUCCAUCACGAACAAUCAGCACAUGCGCGAACACCUUCAUCCGCAUCCAACCACCGAGGCGGGGCAUACGGUGUCGAUUCUGAUGAGACAUCUUCGCUGGUCUCGAGACCCGACGGCCGGCCGUCCUUUGAUACGCUGGACGAUGAUUUUCUCGGCGAUGUGGCCAUGGAGGCGCACUACCCAGACAUUCGUGGAGUGACAAUGCUGCGUCAUGUCGAAUUCUGGCAGCUUUUCUUAACCAUGGCACUCUUGUCGGGGAUCGGUUUGAUGACUAUCAAUAACAUUGGCAAUAGUGCCAAAGCUCUUUGGCUCUACUACGACGACAGCGCUACGUCCAAGUUCAUACAUCAAAGACAGGUUAUGCAUGUUUCCAUUCUGUCAUUUGGCAACUUCCUGGGCCGACUGUCGAGCGGAAUCGGGUCUGAUCUGCUUGUGAGGAAGCUCAAUAUGUCGCGCUUUUGGUGUCUUCUCAUCUCUGCCGUUACCUUCACCUUGACUCAGCUUGCCGGCUUGUCCAUCUCCAACCCCAAUACGCUGACCGCUGUCUCUGCUCUGACUGGCAUUGCCUACGGCUUCUUAUUUGGAGUCUUCCCCUCCUUGACUGCGCACACUUUUGGUAUCGGGGGCCUUUCCCAAAACUGGGGUGUGAUGACCCUCGCUCCGGUUUUCAGCGGAAAUGUCUUUAACCUGCUAUACGGAACCGUUUAUGACCGACACUCCAUUAUCGGGCAUGAGGGUGAGCGCGAGUGUCAUGAUGGAUUGGCCUGCUAUCGCUCCGCCUACUAUCUCACAUUUUUCUCUGGUCUUGCCGGAGUGGCUGUGUGUCUGUGGAGUAUCGCUCGCGAGAGGCAGAUUCACAAUGUCGGUCAUACUAAGGUUGAUCAACGCCUCGCAUAA